CUUCGUUUAAAGUUUCGCGCGUUGGCGAUAUUUCCAUCUUUACCCCUCCGAUUCUCAGCUCGGCAGUUCUAGGGUUUCCAGUUCAUCCUUAAUCGCCAAUCUCUCUACACAGUGUUUUCACAUCAUGGAUGGCAACCAUGUACACUCCGACCAAGUCAUUGCAGAGCUGAUUGAAAUGGGAUUUGAGUUUUCAGCUGUUACAGAAGCUAUAGAAGUUGUUGGUCCAUCAUUAGAUGAUUCUAUUGAGUUUAUUUUGAAUGGUCCUCAUAGAUCCAGUAGGGGGGCAUCAAGUAAUUCUAAAUGUUCUACCAGCACUGGAAAAGCUCUGGACAAAACAGCUUUGAUCUCCUCGCACUCUCUGGAUCAAAUGCGUCAGUCUAGCAUAACAGAACAUCUCCAACCAGUAGGUAGAUCCAAACGGAUCAGAACUAAUUCUGUAUAUAAUGCAGUAUCACCCUAUGGGUCAGAGAUGUUGUCUGGUCAUCUGGAAGAACAGGUGUCGUCAUUUUCUGGUGAGGGUUGUAAUUUGAAAGCUGCCUCAGAGUUGUCUGCACUGCCAGUUUGUUGCCAACAAGAGCUGGAGAUUGAAAAGGAUUGGGUGCAAAGAGUCAAUAGUCUCUUGCACAAGCAUUUUGGGAUUUUGUCCUUGAAGAGUUUCCAGAAGGAAGCCCUGUCUGCUUGGUUAGCUCACCAAGACUGUCUUGUUCUUGCUGCAACAGGAUCUGGAAAAUCUCUCUGUUUUCAAGUCCCAGCACUUCUGACAGGAAAGGUUGUGGUAGUAAUUUCACCCUUGAUAAGUUUAAUGCACGAUCAGUGCUUAAAGCUUGCAAAACAUGGGGUGUCAGCUUGCUUUCUGGGGUCUGGACAACCUGACAGCAGUGUGGAGCAAAAAGCAAUGAGUGGCAUGUAUGAGAUAAUUUAUGUUUGCCCAGAGACAGUAUUAAGACUAAUAAAACCGCUUCAGAGGCUUGCAGAAAAUCGCGGAAUUGCACUAUUUGCAAUUGAUGAAGUUCAUUGUGUUUCUAAGUGGGGCCAUGAUUUUCGACCCGACUACAGGCGAUUAUCUGUCUUGCGAGAGAACUUCAGUGCUUGCAGCUUAAAAUUUUUAGAAUUUGAUAUACCAAUAAUGGCAUUGACUGCUACUGCAACAAUUCGUGUCCGAGAAGAUAUCCUUCAUUCACUGUGCAUGUCAAAGGAAGCAAAAAUUGUGCUCACUUCAUUUUUCCGAUCAAAUUUAAGGUUUUCAGUUAAACAUAGUAGAACAUCAUCUCCAUCUUCUUAUGAGAAGGAUUUCUCUGAGUUGAUAGAUGUGUACACAAAGAGCAAGAUUGGUGAGAAGAAACAGAAGAUCUUCUCUCAAGAGUUGGAUGAUGCAUCUGAUGACUCCACCACCUCUGCUGAUAGGAGCUUAUCUGAGGCAGAUAGAAUGUCUCCAAGUGAUGUGGAAAACAAUGGUGAUGGCUACUUUGGGGAAAAUGAUGAUGAAGCAAAUUCAUUGCAGGAAAAUGGCUCAGCUGCUUCAAAGCAGAGACAGAUGUCAGUUGAAUAUCUGGAAAAUGAGGUUGACCUCUUUCAGAGUGUAGAUGACUGGGAUGUUUCCUGUGGUGAAUUCUCUGGACAACCUCCUACUGAACAUACAUUUGGCUCAUCUGAGACAUUGGAUCCAUCAAUGAAACUGGAUGAAAGAUUGACACUUUUGAAGGGGCCUUUAGAACAAGGACCAACUAUCAUAUAUGUUCCUACUAGAAAAGAAACAUUAAACAUAGCAAAAUAUCUUUGUCGGUGUGGUGUAAAGGCUGCUGCUUACAACGCGAAGUUGCCGAAAUCACAUCUAAGGCGUGUUCACAAGGAAUUCCAUGAUAAUGCUUUACAGGUUGUUGUUGCAACAAUUGCUUUUGGAAUGGGGAUUGAUAAGUUAAAUGUCCGAAGAAUCAUCCAUUAUGGUUGGCCACAGAGUUUAGAAGCAUAUUAUCAAGAAGCAGGUCGAGCUGGGAGGGAUGGGAAAUUAGCAGAUUGCAUUCUAUAUGCUAACCUUUCAAGAGUACCAACUCUUUUGCCAAGUCAAAGAAGUGAAGAUCAGACAAAACAAGCAUAUAAGAUGUUAUCUGAUUGCUUCAGAUAUGGAAUGAAUACUACAUGUUGUCGAGCCAAAACACUUGUGGAGUACUUUGGGGAGGAUUUUUGUCAUCAAAGUUGUAUCUUGUGUGAUGUGUGUGUUAAUGGACCUCCUGAAAAGCAGAAUUUGAAAGAUGAGGCAGAUACUUUUAUGCAUGUGAUUGCUGCUCAUUAUGGGAAGAGCAGUUUUGUGGAUGAUUUGUAUGAUGAUGUGAUAUAUGGUGAUGUUGAACAGCAGAGAUUCAUGGAUAAACCAAAUCUCAGGAUGCUUGUCAGUAGAAUAAGAGAACAGUUUCAAAAAUUUGCAGCAACUGAUCUGUUGUGGUGGCGAGGUCUUGCUCGAAUCAUGGAAGAUAAAGGGUACAUCAGAGAGGGAGAGGACAGGAUCCAUGUCCAGAUAAAAUUUCCAAAGCCAACAAAACUGGGACUGGAGUUCUUGCAAUCCACAACAGAGCAAACAUUCGAUGUUUAUCCCCAAGCAGAUAUGCUGCUCUCAAUGAGAAACCCCAAAUCUUAUUCCACUUUCUCAGAAUGGGGAAAAGGCUGGGCUGAUCCUGAGAUUCGUCGCCAGCGCUUAGAAAGGAGGCAAUCCCAAAGAAAGCCUAGGAAAAGAAAAUCAAGAAAACAUCAACCCAACAUGAAAACGGUUCGUGGAAGGUUAGCAACAAAACUCUCAAUACAGAAACGAUAAGUUAGACCCAUUUUGCCAUGCUGUUUAUGUAUUAAAACCUCAAUAUCAUUAUUCUUCUUACUUCUGUCAGUUAUCUAAUGGUAGAAUAGAUAAUAAAUUAAAUUAAACUUUGAAAUCAUUUGGCGGGGAUAUUGCCUGGUAUAGAUACUGUGAUGAAAUCUUAAGGGAAGAAUUUUCAACUGCAAA